GAACAGGAGUGCAAUAAUAGCUUACAUAAUGUAAUGUAAUGUAAUGUCAUUGUCACACUGUCUGCCGUCAUGCACCAACCGCCAGGUCAUAUUCCACGUAUGUCUGACAUAUUAUGACAAUUAAACAUUUCCUGAUUCCUGAUCCUGAGAAAAGAAAGCGGCGCUGGGACUCUGCUUUCGUGGGACGAGAUUAGGCGGGAACCUUCAGUCCUCGAUGAUUGUUGCACCCGGACCACAUUAAGGGGACGUACCAUGGACUCUAGUGCUGGAAACAGCGUGGGAGCUGUCAGAAGGAGCAAAGAGGACAGAAAAGUCCUUCGCAAGCAGAUAAAGGCCAGUCACACUUUGCUGAAACAUGAAGGUAUCAGCACAACACCGCAGCCCACCAAGACUUUGGUGGUGGCGAACGGCGGCCUGGGGAACGGAGUCAGUCGAGAGGAGCUGUCUGCAGCGCUGCAAGAGAUGGGAGAGCUGGAGACCCUGAUCAUGCACCCUCACAAGCCGUACGCCUUCGUCACAUACAGGUCUGAAGAGAGUGCCCGGAAAGCCCACAUCCGCCUCAAUGGGGAAAAGCUUGAAUGUAGAGAGAGCAGCGUCACGCUCUACCUCAGUUAUGUCAACUCAGUAACCUGUGAAGAGGAAGUAUCCGUGUCUUUGCCUGAUGGAUUAGCCUUGGUGGAGGACUUUGUGUCCCAGGAGGAAGAGGCUCUGCUGCUCGCUGCUAUAGACUGGUCGUCUACUAAUGAUGAUUUCACGGCAAAAAAAGCCCUGAAACACAGAAAAGUGAAACAUUACGGCUUUGAAUUUCGCUAUGAUAACAACAACGUGGAUAAGGACAAGCCUUUAGCUGCAGGUAUUCCUCAGGAGUGUCUACCUGUCCUCGAGCGUUGUGUGAAGGACAAGCACAUCGACAUCCUGCCAGACCAGCUGACUGUCAACCAGUAUGAGUCUGGACAGGGCAUUCCUCCUCACGUGGACACUCACUCUGCUUUUGAGGACACCAUCCUGUCGCUGAGCCUGGGAGCAAUGACGGUGAUGGAGUUCCGUCAUCCAGAUGGUCGUCUUGUUGCCGUGGUGUUGCCAGGGCGGAGCCUCCUGGUGAUGAAGGGGGAGAGCAGAUACCUCUGGACACACGGGAUAACUCCACGGAAGUUUGACACGGUGCCGGCCUGCGGCCCACAAUCCUCUGCUCGCACCGCUCCCGACCUCAGUGCAUACAGCCAUCUAACGUUGAGCAAGAGGGACACCCGCACUUCUCUCACAUUCCGCAAGAUAAGACAUGAACCCUGUGGCUGUGCCUUCCCAUCGGCCUGUGACAGCCAGGUAGCUCCGCCGGCGCCGUCUCCUCCCUCACUGCCCUGUUGCCAUGCCGACGCAGCCCUUCUGGAGGAGGAGUAUGUGCACCGGGUGUAUGAUGCCAUCGCCUCACACUUCAGCAGCACUCGCCACUCCCCUUGGCCUCGCGUUUGCCACUUCCUGUCCACGCUCCCCGCUGGCGCCGUGCUGGCUGACGUGGGCUGCGGAAACGGGAAAUACCUGGGGCUCAACCCAGAGGUGAUGGCGGUCGGUUGUGACCGUAGCAGUGCUCUUGUCCAGAUCUGUGUACAGAGGGGUUUUCAGGCGUUUGUAUCUGAUGCUCUACGUGUCCCUUUGCGAACAGCCUCGUGUGAUGCCUGCAUCUCCAUAGCAGUCAUACACCACUUCUCCACACAGGAGCGUCGCCUGGCAGCAGUGAGGGAGCUGGUGAGACUUUUGAAGCCCGGGGGUCGAGCGCUCAUCUACGUUUGGGCCUUUGAACAAGAGUACAAGAAGCAGAGAUCCAAGUACCUCAAAGAGCAUCCGGAGAAGCACAGCCCCACUGAAAACACAGAAACAACAGGAAGCAGCCAGGGAGCUCACGGGGAAUCAAGCAUCCAUACUAGCAGACAUUUAGAAGACAUACAAGAUGCGAGUGAUAGCAAACUCGGUGUGCACACCAACCGAACAGCAUUCAACACUCAGGACCUUUUGGUUCCCUGGCAUCUGAAAGAAGGGAAAAAACGGGUGGAGGAAGAAUUGAGAGAGGGUGAAAGGAAGGAUGAAGCGAGAGAGAAAUCCACAAAGACUUCGGGUUCAAGCUCCAUUGCCAAAUUAGGCUGUAAUCCUGAUCCCAGUUCUGGGUUUCUCUCUAACACGGACUCUGGAUCAGGUCUGGACACCAGCGCUGCCACUGCAAGCCCAUACUCAAAAAACGGUGCAAGCGGCGACACUACUCAGACCUCCAGUUCCGCUCUGCAGUCGGAGUCUGAGAGCAAUGCCGCGCCGGUUUUUCACCGCUAUUACCACGUGUUCCAGCAGGGGGAGCUGGAGCAGCUGUGCAGUCAGGAGGCCGGAGUCACCCUGCAGAGCAGCUACCACGAUCAGGGGAACUGGUGUGUUAUUUUAGUGAAGAAGGCCUUGGGGACAUGACUGGACAGACUUAUGAUUUGUGAUCAUUUAGAGACAAAUUAAUGUUUAAACAUGAGUUUUAAUGGAAUGUUAACGGCAUAAAACUUAAAUACAAAAAAAGGU